ACUUCUUAUAAUACACAAGCCGCUCCCGGGAUAGGUUCAAUUCAAUAUCAUAAAAUAAAUACAUGACCUUUUUCGAUCAUGCAAGAGGCGACCUCUUUCAAGCUGGUUCUUCUCGGAGACGGAGGAACUGGGAAAACCACAUUUGUCAAGCGACACGUGACCGGCGAGUUCGAGAGGAGAUACAUUGCGACCCUGGGUGUGGAGGUCUACCCAAUACUCUUCCACACCAGCCGAGGAGUGUACCGCUUCGAUGUUUGGGACACUGCCGGUCAGGAGAGGUUCGGUGGCCUGCGGGAUGGGUAUUACGUCCAAGGCCAAUGUGCCAUAAUAAUGUUCGACGUUUGCUCGAGAAUCACCUACAGGAAUGUGGCACGUUGGCACCGCGUCUUGGUGAGGGUAUGCGGCAAUAUUCCGAUUGUUUUGUGUGGAAACAAGGUGGACAUCAAGCAUCGGAAGGUUAGGCCCAGGCGCAUUGACUUUCAUCGUAAGAAAAACCUCCACUACAUUGAAAUUUCCGCAAAGUCGAACUACAACUAUGAGAGUCCCUUCGUCUAUCUGUUGCGAAAAUUGGUUGAUGAUCCCAGCUUGCAAUUGGUCCAGGACCCCGCUCCAAAGCCCCCAGAAGUGGUUUUCACCGACGAGGUGCGCCGUCAAGUGGAGAGCGGGUUAAUGGAGGCCAGCUUUUAUCCUCUGCCCACUUAUAACGAUGAUGAUGAUCUGUAAAGUUCUCGAUUAUUGUUCUUUCAAAAUUCAUGAGUUCUUGCGUCACAAUUUCCCCCUUCUGCGUUAAACUUCGCUCACUUUUAUGUCCAUGAUUUUUUAAAUUUCUCUGCUGGUAUUAUGAAGAUAACUAUUUAUUAUA